UAAAGUGGGUGAGUCGUUGAAUCGUAACAGGUAAACAGUAGUCGCCUUACUUGAUGUAAUCGAAGGAAGAAAAAACUUAGAAAAAAAAAGAUAAUCAUCAUCAAUUCACAAUCGUCCUCUUACUUUUAAUCAUCAUCAUCAUCACCAAGAACAACGUUCAUAAUAAUAGUUUGUUAAUUGUAAACACAGUCUAAAUCGCAAUUCCUUUCAACAUGAUAUCCCAAAAGCCUAUGGCAAUUUGUCUUGUUUUUCUUGCUUCGUUGAUUGUUUGUUUCAUCAAUUUAUCAGAUUCAGCUUCAAAUGCUACAGAUCGAGUGUGUUCAUCGACAGCGGGUAACAGUUACAAAGCCGAUCCAAAGAGCUGUAAAUGUUUCUACAAGUGUAAUCAAGCCUUUUUCCAAGCUCGACUUUGCUGUGAAAAUGACCUUUACUUUAAUCCAGCGACCCAAGGAUGUGAUGACCCAAAGAACGUCAAUUGUACAAAUGUAAACGAAGAUCUUCCAGAAUAUCGUGACUCUGUUCGAGUUGAACUUACAUCAUCUAAACCACCAGUUAAACCAAACACCGAAAUUUGCUUUGAAGGUAUUGGUCAUUAUCCCGAUCCAGGUAAUACAACUUGCUUCUUCCACUGCGAUGCCAAUAAUUAUGCUCAUCAUCGGUGCUGUGCCCCUGGAUUAGCAUUUAAUCCGGAGAUUCGUAGUUGUGAUUGGUAAUUACGAUCAUGAGUUUUUCGAAGGUACGAAAACUCAGUCACAAUUAAGAGAUUUUCAUUUUUUCCUCUUUUUUUUUAUUUGUAACAAUUAACACUCUAAAAAAGUGAUCUGAUUAAAUUACUUAUUCGAGAAUCAGGAAUUCUCAACAUAAAUUA